AUGGAGUCAGUACACAAAAUCCUCGCAUCAGCGCGUGCAGCACCCUACGGAAAUCUCCUCCCAGCCGGGGACGACCUAUUCCUCUCCGUCGCCGAAGCAGUACAAGACCACAUGAGCAACUACGAUGCAUCGCAUGAUUUUAACCACAUUCUUCGGGUCCUGGCACUAUCCCAGCGCAUUCUAUCCGCAGAAUACAACACUACGAAGACCUAUGACCCUACCGUGGUCCUCCUCAGCGCCCUUCUCCACGACGUGAACGACAAGAAGUACGCCCCACCAGUCAUCGAAGGUCAGCAGCAGACCUCCAAAGUGACUCUGGUUUUGCAGCAGGCCGGAGCCUCAGCAGCCCUAGCAGCUAGGGUAGAAGAGGUGGUCAAUCACGUUUCUUACUCUUCUGAGAUCAAGGACCUAAGGAAGGUGCUGUCUGUUAUACAGCAACAUCCUGAACUUGCUAUCGUGCAGGAUGCGGAUCGUAUUGAUGCCAUUGGAGCCAUUGGGAUCGGUAGGACGUUUACCUUUACGGGAGCUAAGUUGGCGGGUGCUAGUAUGCAAAAUUCGAGAGAGCAUAUUGAUGAUAAGUUGGAGAAGUUGGAGGGGAUGAUGAAGACUGCUACUGGGAGGCAGAUGGCUAGGGAUCGUACGGAGAGGUUGACCAUUUUUAAGAAGUGGUGGGAUGAGGAGACGAUGAUGGUGGGUGUUUAG